ACACGCAAGGGGGGCUUGCGUCUGCGUCGCUCUGAAAACGCAGAAGCAUAAACUAGGCUUUAGUUUCGAAUUGAAUAGGGCAUUUUGGCUUAGACUCCAGUAUUUUAGGGGGCGUUAAUACAUCUCGGACCGUAGUCAUCAACCCCCUUUAAACAAGUCGAAGAAGAGAAAGAGUCGCGAUCUUACGUCAUCAAUACGCGCCCUUGCUCGCAGUCUCUGAUCAAAUUGAGCAUCCUCUGACAAGAUCGAGUCCACUUGUAACCUGCAUGCUACUAAGUCCAUGCCAUGUUUGCCAAAACGGGGGAAAGGAAGCGGGCGAAAGGCGAAGGAAAGAAGAGGGGACACCCCGGAGACGAUGGACAAGGUGAAAGGAAGAAGAGGGGAGGAGAAGAAGGGGGACAGUCUCAGGGAGACGGCAGCAGGAAGCGCCUGGACGCCCUGAGUGUGGGCUAUUUCCGCCGAGUUGGGGAGAGACUCGGCGAAGGCUUUGACGAAAACGAGGAGAGAGAGAUGUUUGUGGCGAAUGUUCUAACAGAGGUUAAAGGCAAAGCGGUGGUCGUGGCGAUGGACCCGACGGGGAGUAUCACCCUGCAGCGGCUGCUCCCGCUGUGCAGCCCUGAGCAGGUGGCGGGGGUGCUGGCUGAGCUCGGUGAUCAAGCGGGGUCCGAGUUGAAGGCCGUUUCGUGCGAUAAAUGCGGCGGACACGUGGUGGAGAGUGCCGUCAGACAGAUGUCCAGGUGGAGCGAAUCAUCACAAAAGGAGUCGCCUGGGGCAACGGGAGACGAAAAGGACAGUUGUGAUGCGUUGGAGGCCCAGGUGUUGUCUUUAAGUCAGGUGGUGAGAGACAACAUGGCGGAGUUCAUCAAACAUGUCCAUGGCUCACACGUGGUGCGCACACUUUUACAUGUGCUGGCUGGCUGCCUCGGACCCCCCCGCAUUGAGUCUCGUCCAGGUGCGAAGGAACACAACCUUGUUCCUCAGCUUAUAGACUUUGAGAUCCCCACGUCAUUUUGGUACGGGCUGAAAAGCCUGACUGAGGCUUUGAUGGACAACGUUAAUUUAAGUGUGGUGGACUCCGUGGCCAGUGCAGCGUUCCAGACCAUGUUGACUGUGUGUCACAGAAAUCGGCCUAAACUCUGCAAACAGCUCCUCAGGCGCACCACGGAGUACCUGACGAGCCGCAGCGCCGCCCCGGGAGUGAGUCCCCUUCUGGUCUUUCUCAAAGACCCGGCCUCCAGUCGCCUGGUUGAGACGAUCAUACAGCUAUCCGGCAAGUCGCUUCUCCGGCACCUCUACAAGAACCACCUCAAGGGUCAGAUGGUGGACUUGGCGCUCCAUUCCAUCGCCAACUUCCCCAUACAGAGGCUAACGGCGGCCUCGGCCAAACACAAAAUGUUCCUGACGUUGUUUGAUGAGCUGAUUCAAGGUAUUGAAUCCAUCUUGGCCGCAGGUCACAUGGGUGUGAUUGUCCAACUGGCCGAGAGCUGUGCAGAAAGUGGAGAGAAACAGACAGACCUGAUGCAGUGCCUCCUCCGUGCGUUCCACUGCGCUGAGCCCGGCAUGCGUCACGUCAGCUGCCUCCCUCUCUUUAUGUCGCUGCUCACCUACGAGGUGUACUACCACUCUGACACGGCGGAGGGGGACACACCGACGGAGGUACCGCUGUCCUCAAUCUGUUACCAUGGCUCCAGGCUGGUCCAGGCGCUCGCCAAGUUCAAGGAGCGUUCGCUCCUCCUCAGCAGCCUGCGCACUCUGACCCCUGCUGACCUCCUGACCCUGGCUUCUGACCCGUCAGGCAGCCACGUCCUCCAGGCACUCACCAUCACGUCGAGUGACAAGGGGAGGGGGAAGAUCCUCAAGAGACUGGAGGCCUCUCAUCAAUAUCUCUGAUGGUCUGCAAAUGGCCAUCGAUGAUGUGGUUUUUAAUCCCCCGCUGUAGAGACCCCCCUCCCGGGCCACGGGCAUCCAAUGUCAGUUUGUAUAUUUCCUUUCAGGAUAUUCUAAUGGGCCUCUGUAAACUGUUCUAAUGGAAAGAAACGGAAGCUCAACAAAGCAAUAUGACGAGGGAUCGUCACCGUUUUUUUUGCCAUACCGGCACCUAAACGAUAAUUGACUAGAUUAAAAGUUUAUUUUUAUUGCCAAGGCAAAUGUCUUUCUUCAAAUUGAAAAAUGUAUCAACCUAACGGAGGGGUAGUCUUUGUGGAUGCGCGGCCGCUGGUGGGGGCAAGUUCACCCGUGUGUGCGCACACAAGUCUGUACAUCGGGGGGAACUUCCAUGUGCAGGCAUGAAAAUCCCUCACCUUUCGGCGAAAUUCGCCGUUUUGAAACCAAAAUAGGUGACCUACGUGAAUCGUGUAGA